GGAAUAUAUCAAGCAGCCAGAAGUCACGCAUAUUCAAUACUUCUCUAAGGGUAAUGGUGACUCUCUGAUCAGUCCCCAGUGUCCUAGGGACGUGUUGUUGAGCCCACUGACAAAGCAGCUUCGGGCUGCUAUCCGCUCACCAUACUCCGCCACUACUGCGAGGGUUUAGAAUAUCUCUUUAUAUACCUGUUUCCCGGCUCUUGUGCUCGAGUCCUCCACGUUAGACAUUCGAGACUAAGUACAGCACACAAGCAAUGAACAUGUUACGACGAGUACCAAAGACCAUUCCAAGGCUUUCGAACCGAGCCGUCGUAAGGACGGCCGCUGCAAACCCUUUUGUCACAAUUAUGGCACGCCAGUUAUCGACCUUACCACCAGUUGAACCUCCCGUUUCCGCACCACUGCCCUCAGACUCAUUCCAAUUGCUUGCGACAGAGGACAAGGCGGGAGAUGCAGAGGACCUUCUGUUCAAACAGCAGGUGGAAGACGUCAAGAAGUGGUGGGCAACACCUCGUUACAAUGGUAUUAAGAGACCAUAUACCCCAGAAGAUGUUGUGAGCAAGAGAGGCACCUUACAACAGACAUAUCCGAGCUCGAUCAUGGCGCGGAAGUUGUUCAAUUUGCUGGAGAAGAGAGCGGCCGAAGGGAAGCCGGUACACACGAUGGGUGCUAUCGAUCCUGUACAAAUGACGCAACAAGCACCGAACCAGGAGAUCCUUUACGUCUCCGGUUGGGCCUGCUCGUCUGUCUUGACUACCACAAACGAGGUGUCGGCUGACUUCGGCGACUAUCCCUACAACACAGUACCCAACCAAGUUCAGAGGUUGUUCAAGGCACAACAGCUUCAUGACCGCAAGAAUUUUGACACAAGGCAAAAGAUGAGUGCUCAGGAACGUAAAAACACCCCGUAUAUCGACUACAUGAGACCAAUUGUGGCCGAUGGUGACACUGGCCACGGAGGUCUAUCAGCUGUCAUUAAGCUGGCGAAGCUCUUUGCUGAAAAUGGUGCGGCGGCCGUCCAUUUCGAAGAUCAGCUCCACGGAGGGAAAAAGUGUGGUCAUCUGGCCGGCAAAGUGCUGGUACCAGUAGGUGACCAUAUCAAUCGUUUGGUGGCUGCUAGAUUCCAGUGGGACAUGAUGGGCUGCGAGAACUUGGUCAUUGCACGAACCGAUUCCGAGAGUGGACGAUUGAUUUCCAGUGCCAUUGAUGUCCGGGACCACGAAUAUAUUCUCGGCGUCACGACGAACACGGAACCACUGUCCGAGCUUCUGCAGGAAAUGGAGCUGAAGGGCGCCACUGGACCCGAGAUCGACGUCUUCGAAGCUGCCUGGGUCAAGGAGCACAAGUUGGUAACCUUUGAUGAGGCUGUCGAAGCUCAUAUCAAGUCGGAAGGUGGCGAUCCGUCCGAAUACCUCAAUAAGACUAAGCAGGACCGCAACAUGUCACUCUCCAAGCGACGCGCCCUCUCGUCUCAGUACACCAAAGCCCCCGUGGUAUGGUCUUGCGAUGUUCCGAGGACUAGAGAAGGAUACUACCACUACCGCGCCGGAAUUCCGGCAGCAACAAAGCGAGCCAUUGAAUUCGCUCCGUAUGCUGAUCUCUUGUGGCUAGAAACUGCUGAUCCAUCGGUUCCAAAAGCGGCAGGCUUUGCCAGGGAAAUCCGUGCGGCAUCUCCAGGCAAGAAGAUGGUUUACAAUCUCAGUCCAUCGUUUAACUGGAUGGGUCAAGGUUUCGACGACGCUUCGUUGAAAUCGUUCGUCUGGGACCUGGCCAAGGAAGGAUUCGUACUCCAGCUCAUCUCGCUCGCAGGACUCCAUUCGACAGCCACUAUUACGAAUGAACUCUCGAAAGGAUUCAAGAAAGACGGCAUGCUCGCUUAUGUCAACCUCGUCCAAAGCCGAGAAAAGCAGCUUGGUGUCGAUGUUCUUACACAUCAGAAAUGGAGUGGAGCUCCAUACAUUGAUGGUAUCAUUGGAGCCAUCCAAUCCGGAAGCAGUGGAAGCAGGAGUAUGGGUGAAGGCAACACGGAGACCGGCUUCUAAGUUUUUAAGACGAAAUCGCAACACAGACGGGGGUAUUGAAGUAGGACGGCAGAAGAUCAUCUUUACGGUGAUGAAUAGAUCACUGCUGUUGAGCCUUGCGCAAAGACCCCCGAGUUGUGAACCUUAGGAUGAGGGAAGAUGCUUCCCUGCUUGACGUUUGAUGGUGUUUUGUAUGGGCCUUGGAAAACAAGGCAGGAAUGAGUCCAUGAUAUCCAAUAAAGUGUAGAAACAUUUAUCCAAAAGCACAUAGUAUAUACAAACCUCGAAAGCACUUUAGUGUAACACCAAUACAUGAAGCGUGCCAGUCUUAACACGUCCCUACAUGCAC